UCGAGCAGAGCAGUGCUGUGAACCGGCCGCGGUCAGUGGUCGAUGGUGGGGGAAGAGACCAGUUUCUUGCCAUACCUUCGCGCAUACCUGAGUCCUGAGUCCCAGAGAUUGGCUUGUAUAGCGCUGUAGUUGUUGUAGAGGUGUGGUGACGUUGUCCCGGUGUAGUGUACAAAGUGUUCUAGUGGAAAUUAACCGAUUUUGGAUUCCCGGAUGUAUUGUGGAUAACUAGUGUUUGGUGCAACAGGUGGUGUGAUUGAAUUGUCGGCUUACUCCAGAAACGUGUAAAGUGUAUUAGAAGAUACUAGUAACCAUAACGUUAGUGCAGUUUGGUGUAGUGUUGUGACCAUGUUGCUAUACGGAGUACUCCACUGUACGUGCAUUUAAACGCAGCACACUCCCAGAACCAGCUCCCAGUCGUGGCGUGCCAGACGCGGGGACCUGGAGGCGUCGUCAGCCUUGCCGGCUGGAGCCGCCGGUGACAGCGCCGCUCGCCAGCCCCGCCGCCUUCACUAUGACAUCUUUGAAAAAGGGGUAUGGCAGCCGCAACAGUGGACAGCUCAAGUCACCAAUCAUCAAACGUCCGCUCUCUGCGCCGGUCACGCUGCAGGGCUGGCUAUACAAGCAAGGCAGCGAAGGUCUCAUGCUCUGGAAGAAGCGGUGGUUUGUCCUCUCCGAGUACUGUCUCUUCUAUUACAAAACAUCAGAAGAAGAGAAGUUACUGGGUUCCAUUCUGCUGCCGUCAUACAAGAUCUCGCCCUGUGGUACAGAUGACAAGGUUUACCGCAAGUUUGUAUUCAAGGCGGAGCACGCCAACAUGAGGACUUACUACUUCGCUGCAGACUCUCAACCCCUCAUGGCAAAGUGGAUGAAUGCUCUCAGUCUGGCCUCCAUACUACAGGAUAACACAUCUAGCUGGGGUGGCCACAAGCCGCACUCGUCUCACCAACAGACAGCAAGUGCAGACGACAGCGACUCAGGGUUCCACGGACAGUACAAUGGCACCAGUCAUGGCCACACUGACAGUCCUGCGGACACUAACAGCUGGCGCCCACCCUCUCAAGGUUACCAUCAGCCACUGUAUGCUAACGCACCUCCUAAGCCAAGGAGGUUGAACGACACUUCACCCGAAAGAUCUCCAGAGCGAGUGUCCGAUGAUGGGAGACUGUCCAAGAUGGCUCAGCCCCAGGAGUAUACUGUGAGGAAUGACCGAGCGUACAACUACACGGCUCAACACUCCCACCGGCCGCCACUCAUGCUGCCUCCUGGGGCCACUCAGCCUCAAGAGCGGCGCACACCCGACACCUACGGCAGAUCAAACUCCACUACUCCGCAGACUGGCAAGGUCAUCUCCUCUAAACCUCGGACUUUGGACUACGAAGAUGUUUAUCAAACAAACCCGGAUCUUGUUAACUCUAUGUAUUCACAAGGUGCAAUGUACACAAACAGACACGUGCAGUAUCGGCAGAACCGUAGGAACGACGUAAUGUCUAACAGCAUGCCUUCGGAGGGCCGCAAACGGUUUCCCCCGAGACCUCACAGUGCUGACUUUUUAGAGUACGAUGCUAGGAGGUCUUACCAGUCUCCCACUCCUCAAAGUAGUGAUUCGGGCAAUCAAAUGUAUUACAACCAAAGGACAGCUUCUCAGCCUCGCAGGCCAAAGUCCAGUUUAGACAUCGUCCACUCUGAGGGUGUUGUCGAUGGAGUUCAUUGGUCGGAGGAGAGUUAUGCUCGGAAGAUGCGACAAUCAGCUUCUUAUGUCUCCCCACAGUUUCACAAUCCAUCAAACUCUUCCAGAGCAACAACCCCUUCUGUUAGGCAAAUACCAAUCAUGGCUCCUGGUUACUACAAUGGACCUGUGAAUGGAGAAUUGGCAAGCAGUGCGAUGAUGAGGCAGCACUCAGAAGCCAUCCACGCACAAGAGCGGAGAUGGAGUGAGUACGUGGAUCGUACCAAUGGUCAGUUUGUCCGCUCAGCGUCAGCACGACUCCCUCGCCACACCAAUGACGACCACAUGGAAGACGACGGCUCAGACAAGAGCUAUCAGGCUGCCUUCCGACGGAGAAACAGCACGGAUAAUCGAGACCCUGCCGUCAAAACUCAACAGAGGGAGGAGUCUAUGAAACGUCUGCUGGAGUGGAAGCAGAGAAUGCUCCAGUCUCCGCUCACUCGCAAGUCCAGUGGCUCCAGCAACCGAGGGUCUGCGCAGAACCAGCUCAACCCGUACAGUCUCACACACGAACAGAGGCUACGCAAUUUACCAAACGACAAUCAGUCCAACCCUGACGCGUGGCGACGGGAUGGAUGGGACAAGGACAUGUUGGAUCACGCACGAGCUCGCCGCAAACACUCAGACGCUGGCCGUAGCCGGUCUCAAGAUGGCCGAAGAUCUGUCACUUCCAUUAGUCGAUACAACAGCUACUCUAGCGACGAUGAAGAAACUGGAGGAACGAGGGAGUGUCGGAAACGAGUGAGAAGAUCAUCAAAAGAGGCUAGCAGAUCAAGACUCAACUCUCUAGAGGGAAAAUCAUCAAGAACUACUCCUACAUCAAUGGCUUUCCCUGACUAUGAAAAUAUCAAGUUAGCAGAAAAAUCUGCAAUUAAAGAACGAGCAGAUAUGGUGAAAACACCUACAUCCUUGAAUAAAAUAGAUUCUAGCUAUUCAAACUCUCAUAGUGUAACUUUGGAAGAAAGUCAAGUCAACAGGGAUAGGAAUUACAGUAACAAAAGCCCCCAUAGUAAGAAGUCAUCAGAGGAUUAUGGUCCGGGAGAAAGUUUUGAUAGUGGUAACACUUUGGCAGAAUCAAGUAUUUUAGGUUACGAGGACAGGUUUACUACUAGUAGCAAACAUUCUGAUAGUGGCUACGAUACACUGCAAACUGGGGGAGUUCUGCCAGUAGAUCCAGAUGUCAGUGAUUUGCUCAAGUUCCGCUUUGACAAGCAUAAGUCGGCCAACGCAGUCUUUGCAUAUCCUGUACACACUAAAGUGGGAAAGAGUUUUGAAAACUGGGGGGAAAAGCUCGAUGAGUCAAGACUGAUAAAAGAAUUUUCAUACCAAUAUAUAAAGUCAAAUAAAAAUGAUGGUAAAAAUAUUGAGGAAGAUAAAGACAAGAAAAGCUCAAAGGUCCUGUUAACAAAACAUUUUGAAGUGCCACCCCAAAAUAUUGUUCAAAAUAGAAUUAAGGUGUUUGAGGCUCCUAAAGAAGAUGAUCCUUUAAACUCUGCUCAAGUGAAAGAUUGUAAAUUGAAAAUGCAAGAACCGCUGAAAGUCGCCUCUGCAUACCAGCCAAAUGAAGCACACGUAUCUACAAUAAAAACUGUGGAGGAAAAACGUGAACGCUACAAGAAGACUGAUGAAGAACUGUCAAAUUUGAAGCGCUCAAGAAGAACAAGUUUGCAUGGGUUUGCACUAGGAGAUGCAAUAUCUAUGUUGGAUGAAGAAGCAAAAUAUGCCAAGAGAGAAUCGUUAACAGGUAGUCAAAAUCCAAAAUCAGUAAAGGAUUUACUUGCUGAUUUUGAGCGUAAAUCUCAAAUAUUAGCUGCUGAAGAAAAAGAAAGCGAAGAUAGUCCAGGUAAACGCCCUGUGUUCAGUGACACUGAAACAUUACUCUAUGAAACUUCCAGUGACCCUGAAAAUAACCACUGUGGUAAUAUUAUAUCUGGAUUGUUGCGUUCUGAAGUAAAUGUCAGUGAAGAUGAUGAGGACAGGGAUGAAGAAGUGGCAGCAGUUUUGGGACAAAAAGAUAGCUUUGUUAGUUCUUGUAGAGAUUUAGGCAGAAAACAAGAAUCAAAACCUAGGUCUAUAAGAUCAGAGAAAGUUAAUGGUAAUGGCAGUCAUAGCGCAAUAGACAAUGCAUCUACUUCUAACUAUUUAAGGCUUGGUAUGACUGGAUCCUUAGUUGCUGGAGACGAUUCCUGUUCCCAGUCCAGUACUCCACAUUUAGAAAAAAUUAGGAUAGAUGAGCCAAAACCAAAGUUAUCAUGUAGCCCUGAACAACAUUAUAUGCCAAUGACUCCUUCAAAGAAACCAUUUAUGGGUCCCAUUACUGAUGUAUUCUCACAUACAAGAACUAGUUCAGUUUCUCUUAGUAUUUCAAAUGAAACCCCAGGGGAAGAAAGUUCAUAUGUUGAAAUGACAAAUGGUAACAUUCGAUCCUUGCUUGCACCUGAUUCAGGACAUGAAAAAAGUUCAUCGAGUACCUUGACUGAUUCACAAAACUAUUGUGAAAUAAGAUCCGAUAAAGACAGUGCACACUAUGAGUUCUUAUAUAAAGCAACAAGCACUACUACUGAGCCGUUAUAUAUGGAAGUUAGUCCUGUGGUAGAAGAUAAUACCAACGAUGUUAAAAAUCAAUCAAAUGAAAAUAUGCCAAGUGCCAAAAGAGAGGAAACUGAAGGUGCUGAACAGCCCCCAACACCCCCCAGAGCUGUUCUUCCUGACAUAUUGAGUCCCACAUCCAAUGGCAGUAAAAAACAGCCAUCAAUUAAAUCAGACAGUUCAGAUGCUGAUGAUGAAGCUUCCAAAGAUCUUGACUCUUUGGAUGCUCCAAGACAUCCUAGAUUUAGCCUUUCCGACACUUUCAGACCUGCUUCAUAUUAUCUUGGUGCUAGUAUUGGAGAGAGAACAUUAAUUGGAAUGACAGCGGAACAUCCAGAUUCUUCCGAUAGUGAUUUAGUGUCACCUCCUCCAAUACCAACAAGCCCCCCUCCACUGGACGACUUGGAAACUAGUUUAGAAUCAUCAAGUGAGAUAAAGAAACUAUCACCAGUUCAGAUGAAGAGUGAAUCUUGUAAAAUUGACAUAGAAGGGAAAGAUAACAGUCGAAUGUUGUGGAACCCUACUCCAUUAAUGGGAAAAGAUGUCAGAAGUUUGCAUGAACGGAUGGAAAGCUUAAAUUUAUCACCCAUUAUAGAUGAUCCUUUAAGUUCUGAAACUGAUUCUAUAGACUCCAGCAAAAGAGAUAGAUUAUUAAAAAGAAGGCCUGUUUCAGCAGAUAUUUUGAACAGUCUGCAAGAUACAGAUUUUCUCCAUUGUUCUUCCCUUAGUGGAAGGAAGUCCGGAGGAAGUGAUUUAGACUCAGUUGGAAGUAGAAAUGGACUAGCUAUGAGUUUAGAAGAAGGAGAGGGAAUUGAUUUUGACCAAUAUCUAGAAGGACUUCAAAACAACAAUCAGUUAACACCAAAGAUGCUUUCAGAAGAUUUAAACUAUGAAUACCAAAACUAUGAUAAACAAAAACACAGUCAACAAAAUACUCCCCCCAUUGCCAACAUCCCUGAAACAACAGCUUACACACCUGAUGGAUCUAAUUCUAUUGACCAGGAUUACAGAUUAAAAUAUAAACCCUCACAUCCACAGCCGUCUAACAGGAUUGAUGAAGUUCAUUAUGAGAAUCUGCCAGGUCUCUUCCCUCCUCCUCCCUCCGCCGAGUAUCUCCAGGAAUUAUCCUCUGAAAAUGAUACCGUAAUGAGAUAUUCUAGUCCAGAAGGUGGCCUUGCUAGAUCUUCCCCUGUAAGAGUAGUUGAAGGCCAGGGCAGUAGUAGAGAUAUACCUGCUGGAGCCCCAUAUUAUUACUCAGAUCUAUUAAAAGCAGAACAAGCAACUCAAUCAAAUAACCGAAAUGUGAAUAUUUUAAGAUCAUUGAAAAUGCAGCAACUUAACAAUCAAAGAGAGGAAACAAACUCAUCAGAUGUAAGUUUCUUGAACAAAAGGAAUGAUAUUGGUCGCAGGGUAAAUGCCAUCAAUCAAAUUUUACCUGGUCAGAUGAUUAGUAGGGACGAUGCUGCUAAAUUAGCUGAAGAACUAAGAACUACUUCAGUUCACUUUCUUGGAACUGCAGAUAAAAGCGGCCAAGUUGACAAACGUAAUUUGUAUGAAGCCGAUACACUUCAAAGGCGUAAGGCUGUUGCCAUUAUGGAACAAAGGUACCGGUCUCAAACUCCUGAUUUUAGGAGUAACACUAGAAAUUUGUAUCCACACGGAAUUCGUGACAAAAAUGAUAUGAGUCAAGGGGAAGAAAGACAACUAAGAAGAAGAUCCAGGUCUUUGGAAGGCCUGUUGGAUGAACCGGAUUAUUUAGAUUCAGAACCUCGCCACAGCCGUGUUUCUCCUGGGAGUGCGAUAUCUCGACUUCUUCAGACUACUCAGCCACAGCCACAAAGCUGUAGAAGUCCCAUUUCACCGAUACCUGUUUCCAAUGGUCCUAGAUCGUCAAGAUCCAGAGCACCUCCUCCACCUCCAGAUGUCUGGGAAGAAGACACCCUCUGGAGAGAAAACUUAAGGAGGGUAAGUAUUCGCCACACCAGAUCUUUAGAUGAUUUGGAUAGAGACUCACCAAGAGAUGUCACUCCUUCAGAAAAUAGAAAAGUCAGUCGGGAAGUUACCUAUGUAAAUGACAGCGUCACUAGGGCGAGAACAAAUCAUUGGGAGUAUGAAGAAGAUUAUCGCGAAGGACGUUCGCUGAGACAGACAAGAUCCACAACACAAACUGACGUCGAUGACGGUGUACUCUACGAACGCUUAGUCCCCAGAGACUCUGAGGUCCUAGACAGAACGAGGCGGGGACAGACUUAUAUAGAAGGCUAUGUUUGGGAUGAAGAAAGAGAAGUAUUUCACCGAGGAGAAAAAUCUAUACUACCGAGCAGGGACCCUCCAAGAAAACCUACUCAGCCUUUUUUAGAACCAGGCCUGUACCCAACUCGACCACCCUCAUUCGAAAUCGACCGAGAGAAGUUGCGGCAGUGGGACCUCAUGUCGAGUGCUCCAGCCGGCAUGUUGGGGCACGCCGGGGCUCGUCGCGGACUACUACAUCCCGCGGACACAACACCUCCCAGUUCACCAGCGUCAGGCUCAGGAUCAGUGAUUGGAAGAGAUCCGUUGCCCCCGCGACAAGUGGCCCCAGUGGUAGACAAGCCCCCGCCACCCUCCGCCAUCAAUCCUGACCUCAUACACCAACACAGGCCUGAGAGAGAAUGGAGUCUACAACUGAGUGCUGGGGAAUUAUUGGGCCGGACUCAUGAGGAGUUGGUACUCCUGCUUAUCCAACUGAGGAGGCAAAGUGCCGGCUUCUGCAAGGCUAUGGAGGCUUGUCAUAUGGAGAUUGAGGCCCAGGCAAGACUGGUUGAACUUGAGACACCUAAGAGGAUGGAGCACCUUCAAAAACUAGAAGACCUCAAAAGGCAUUUGCUUGAACUGGAAAAACAGUAUGAAAAGGGUAAACCUCUGGUGAACCUGGUGGACAACAUGGUAAAGCUGGGGUCUCUCUACCGUGCGGGGGCGCCACUGCCUGGCGGGGGGCCUCUCCUGAGGGAUAGGCUGGAGUUCAACCAUCAGGUCCAGGAGCGGAGACUGCUGGCGGAGGAGAGAAGGGACUGGGAGAGACUGAGUCCAGACCACAACAAACUACAGGCCAAAGUUGAACAACUCUACAGAUUGGACAGGUUACUGCAGGAAGAGUCUGGAACUCUGCAGAGUCUACAACAAGAUAAGGAGAUGUUAGAGAGAGCCCUGGGAGGCUUAAGACACAAGCUGCAGGCGGCCAGCAGCAACCCAGUAGAGGCGGAGAAAUACAGACGACAACAGAGACUCUUGGAGAGAGAACUGAGCCGUGUACGAUCCAUCCUGGCCCACAAUUCCAAGAAGCUAGAGGAGACAGUUGCAGAAAACGCCAGGCUAGAGCAGGAACUGGUGGUGUUGCGCCAGAAGCUGGUGUGGUCGCGCCGUGCGCCGGACCAGUCCGUCACAUCCACGGCGCAGCUGGAGCAGGAGUUGGCACGAGUGCAGAGUCUCGUGGGUGAUCUACAGCGACAACGGCUGGAACUGUCCUCUCAGGUUCGACAGCUGACAGAACGCAGCAACUCUCUCAGUCAACAGAUUCGACCAUCCCCCACAGGAGUGCAAGCUUACCGUAUGGGAUAUUACAUGACAUAUCCAGGCGUGGGCCCCGUUGGACACAAGAAGACCAUUCACAGCAGCUGGCUGGAGACUGACUUGGACACGCAGGUUACCCGAGACGUUGGGAGAGACUCUCCAUUGCGCUCUCCCGCUCCUCCCCCGCCACCUCCACCUGCGCAGCACUCACCCCUCUACGUCAACACGGACAUCUCCAAGUCACUGGACACAUGUUCCACUUACGAGGGCAAUGUCUCCCAAGAUGAACAGCAGGAGUUGACCAGUGCUCCGCCUCCCGCUCCAGCUCCGUCUGUCCCCGCCCAGUAUACCCGCCCCAUGGACAUCAGUGAGGCCGAUGACAGAAUAAAGAGGUUCUACGGAAUCAUCCCAAAAGAUAAGCCUCAGGAGAUCAAGACGGUGAGGAUUGUGAAGCGAGAGUCAGAGAGGAGACAGCGAGACCGGGACCGCAGUGGAAAUAUCGGCAUUCCUCUUACCCCCACCACCACUGCUAAACGAGUCACCAUCAUAGAGGAGAAUGGGCCUGACAACACAGACAAUAAUCUAGGUCGGUUACUAGAGGAGCAGCCGGAGCCCCCUAGUGAGGUGUUGGGGGGUUCUUUGGUCCCCCGCUCUGCAGCCCCCCCAGCCCCCGGGCCUCGCUCAGACUCUGUGCAGGCCCUGCGCAAUCUGGUCAACCGACAGAGAGCUAGGGUGGACAGUGACAGUACGUCGCCUUUGUCAGCCACAGAACAGCUGUUUGGAAGCAGUGACACAUUGUUGUCUCCACCCCUCAGUCCUGCGUACGCAAGUCAGCUGUCUCCUGUGUACCAGAGCCAAGCUGCACGGCAGAUUGUGGAGGAGAUGGCCUUCAACAACCGUCGCGCAGUUCCUCGCGAGAAGCGACGACACCACACUGUUAGCGGUCGGCCUUUGCUCAGGAUAGAUACCAGCUUCUCAGCGGGUGGCUCCAGAGAUGACCUGGACAUGGAGAGGGCGUUGCGACCGAGGCUGAACACACCGGAUGUCGUCCGCUCAACUCUCUCACGUAAUGAGGUAAAAUACACCUCGGAGACCAUAGACAGUCUCCUGGGUACUCCCGGCAAAAUCCUCAUCCCAGAGAGGUACGUUCCUGAGUCAACACCAGAACUGUCCUCGGAGGAGCAGCAGCGGAGGAACAAGAAGGCAGAGUCCAUCAGGAAAAUGCUCUCGGAAACCACAACUAUCGCUGCCGAGGACUCUAAUGAAACUGUUGAAGAAGAGAAAUCUUCUACUUUGAAGAAGAAAGUCGCUGAGGAAAAGCGACAAAGAGAACAUUUGCUGCAGUUAAACCAGAUCUUGGCCCACCAAGUAAUGGAGAAAAGCAAAAUGGUGGCUGUGAGAGCGCUGGCGUCUCUGCCGCAGUCCACGGCACAGUCGGAGGAAAGUGACCUAUCAUCUCCCGAGGAGCCGUUGCCACUGUAUCAACAACGUGACAAUUAUUUCUCUUAACAAUGGCGCCACUGCUACUUUUGUACUGAACUUUAAUCAGUACAACUGGUUUUUCUGCACAAAAAGUAUAUGUUGUUGUCUACAACCCUGUUAUUGCAAGAAGACGAAAUCUUUUCUCAUUAUUUUAUUAUUUUUUAAGGGACAAAAUUUAGUUACCUUGUCCUAUAGACCAUUUGAGUCCAAAAGAUACAAAAAAAGGAUAGGGUACACGAACCAACCCUAAUAUUUUGUCCUAGUGUAGAACUUCUUCAGAUAGUAGACUGGUGAGAAAUGCUAGUUAAAAAUAAAAACGGUUGUUUUUGCUAUACUCACUGCGGUCAACCAUAGGAAAUAAUGUCCAGUCAUACUACAUUUCCGAUACUAAUAUUAUAAUUAAAAUAUAUUUUUGUUAUAAACUAUUUCAUUAUUAGCGAAUUUCCCAUAUAGGGAAUAAGCUAUUACCGUAGUACUCAUGGUAAGACCUGGACGCGGGGCCGAUUUUUUUUUUCAUUUUGAGGU